CCGCCACCCCUGCCGCGCGGCUACAACACCGGGGCGGAACUGGAGGCGGUUGUCACCACGCUGGGCAUUACAAAGAGCCGCAAUUCCCUCGAUCACAUCGUCUUCCUCGGCCUGCUGGCCGGCAUCUGGGUGGCCUUUGCUGGAAUGUUUGCGCAGCAGGUCGCUGGCGGCGUUCCGGCGGACAUACGGGCGUCCUGGCCGGUGCUCCCAAAGUUGCUGCUCGGUGCCACAUUUCCCAUCGGGAUCGUCUUCAUCGUGCUCUUCGGAGGGGAGCUUUUCACCGGAAACACAAUGAUCAUGGUAGUCGCACGGCUCAACCGCAAGGUGACAAAUAGAGACGUCCUGGUCAAUUGGAUCGUCGUGUUCGGCGCCAACUUCGCAGCCUGCGCCCUAACUGCCUACCUGCUGGGCUACUUGACCGACCUGUUCGAACCGGAACCGUUUCGCUCCUAUGUGAUUGCGAUCGCCACUCGCAAAGUUCAGCUGCCCUUCUACAAGGCGUUUCUGAUGGGCAUACCAGCAAACGCACUCGUCUGUCUAUCAUUCUUUCUAGGCCUUGCCGCACGCGACGUCACCGGGAAGAUUCUGGGACUUUACCUGCCGAUCGCUACGUUCGCCGCCACGGGCUGGGAGCACUGCGUUGCCAAUAUGUACUACAUUCCCAUUGGUUGGAUGUAUGGCGCUCCGGUCACCACCGGCAGCAUGCUUGCCAACAUCUUCAGUGUUGCUUUGGGGAACAUAGUGGGCGGGGGUCUCCUGAUCGGAGGAAGCGAAUUUUACAUGUACCAUUGG